AGUCGGAGGCGAGCCGCCGAGCAGCACACACCGUCCCGCAGCGCUCCCGCGUGUGCGCGCGCACACAGACACAACGCUCCGCCUCCCCUACCCUACUGUUGCCAGCCACUCCCCGCUGCCCGGGAGAGCUCGGGGCGAGUCCCACAGCCGUGUCGUCUCCCUCCUGCGCAGCCAGCCAGUCUGCACCUCACCGCGUCUCGCGACCGUGGCUGUCGAAAUACCUCUGCGCGCGCCCGACUCCACUUCUGCGCUUCUUUGUGACGUGGUCGCAACGGAAUGACGUUCAACGAGCUCCACAGGCUGUAAAAAAAAAAAAGGAAAGAAAGACAAAACAGUACUGUCUGUAGUGUUUCGAGGACCCGCUUUCUGUUCGUCGACUGCGGGCAAUGUGUGCCGACAGGCGUCGAUAGUGCUACGCCGUCACGUCGCUGCAGUGUCCACGCAGUUGUGAAACCUACCGAUUCAGUUCUGGCAGCUUUAGUGACUAGCAGAUAUUACCGUGAGAACCGUCCCGCGCCGUGACGUCGCAGCGCCUCUGCCGAUGCUACACUUGGCGGGGAACGUGCAAAGUCGACGCCCGUCAUUAGUUCCAGCGCAGCAGUUCGCAGUUAGCGGAGGCCCGCUAACCCGCCUAACGGCACCGGCGCAUUCUUUCGGUUCGGGCGGAGCGCCGGCGGCUAGCAGUAACAGUGGAUGUGUAUCCGGCGCCUCUUCGCCGAAUCCGAACGCGCCGGCGACGACCCGGCGAGGAAAACGGAGCGGACGAUGACGCGCCGAGUGACAGUGGGUAGGGAGCGUUGCGACACCUGUUCGACGCACUGCGCGUGCGCGCGCCGCGUGUGCCAUCUUUGAAGUCGACGUUCCUUGACCGACGCCAGCUGUUCGUGCGCAAUUAGCAGCGGAUUCUUUGUGGGGAUGGAUUGCGUGCGGCGUUUUGGCUGCAGUGUUUGUGUUCGUGUGUUCGUCAGCGGAAUUAAUGCGUAAUGCAGUGAGAUGCCUCGCGUGAGGAUGUUUAGAAGUGGUAGUUAAAGCUCGUAGUGAUACUUUUGGUGUUAAGUUAAAAGAGGAGUGUUUCGAAGUGAAGUGCGUCUGGGAGACCUGCCACCAGUAUAUCGUCUUUGGAACGACUCUUCGGAAUGCACGAUGACAAUGGCGCUGCUUCGAACACAACGUGGCCUGCCUCUGGACAUGGACAUAUCGUUCAGCAACGUGCUGGAGGACGCACGUCAGUACUUCCAGGGGCUGCCGUCUCCCGCGUCGGGCCCGGGCGCUCCGCCCCCGCAGGCGCCGGGCCAGCAGCCGCCCCCGCAGCAGGCACAACCGCCCCCGCAGCAGGUGGGCGGCACCGCCGCCGCCGCGCCAGCGCCGUCUGGCCAGCCUCCGCCGGCGCCGCCCCCGCAGCAGGUGGCACCGCCGCCGUCCGCCCCCGCAGCCGCAGAGCCGCCGCCCGUGGGUACACAGUACGACGUGGCGCCUGCCUCCACAGCCGCCCCCACCGUCUUGUCCUACUGGCCGCCCCCAGCCUCCACAGCCACCACCUACCCUCGUAAAAAUGAACACCGAUACCUGAGCGCGGCGCCGUCCGUGACGACGAGCAAGCAGCAGCCGACGGUGUAUAACGGCAGCCGGCUGUCUGCGGAGCACGCCGCCUUCCUGCACCAGAGCCGCCAGCAGCAGCAGGCGCCGCCGACCGGCCACAACCUGCCGCCCAUCGCCGCCCUGUCGGGCUACCGCGGCGCCGGCGCGGCCGUGGGCGCGGCCUCGCAGCAGCAGCAGCACGCUUCCUCCGCAAGGAUGACUUCGGGGUCGCAGAAGACGUCGCAACGCAGCCAGCAGCAGCAGCAACAGCAACAGCAGCAGGCGGAGUACGCGGCGCAGCAGAGCCGCUACCUGCAGUACCGCGCCGCCGCCAGCAAGUACCUGCCCGCCGCGGGGGCGGCCACCACGCUGCCCGCGCACACCCCGCAGCAACAGCAGCAGCAGCAGCAGCAGCCGCAGCCCUACAUCAACUACCCCACGCCGCCCUCGUCCGGCUCGAGCCUCACUUCCCAGCAGCAGUCGCAGACUCAGCAGCCGGUCGCGCAGUCCCAGCACCACCCACACCUCCACCAGCAGCAGCAGCAGCAGCAGCAGCAACAGCAGCAGUUGCUUCAACACCACCACCAGCAGCUCAUGCAGCAGCAGCAACAGCAGAUACAGCAGCAGCACCUCCAGCAGCAACAGCAACAGCAGCAGCAGCACUACGCAUACCUCGCCCAGCACCAGGCGGCUGCCCACCAUCAGCAACAACACCACCAGGCGUCCCAGGAGCACCUCAAGGCCGUCGAACAGCAGCAGAGCAAAGCUCGCCAAUAUUCACAGGCAUACUACGAAGCUACACGUCCGCACACGAGUGCCAUCGUGUCAACAGUGCUGACCAAUGGCCACCAACACCAGCUUCAGCACCAACACCAGCAUCAGCACCAGGCGCAGCCGCAGCGCUCGGCAUCUGCAUCCUCGUCUUCUUCGUCGUCGGCGGGUGGUGCAGUGUCAGCUGCCACGCCCACCCCUGUGGUUGCGCCAGUGCCAGCACCCGCACCCCUCGUCCCGUCCGGCAGUCACCAGGUCGCUCCCUCUCAGCAGGUCCAGCCGGCAACGCACGCGAGCCGUGCUGGUGCGGGAGCUCGCAGCAAGCGUGAGUCACCUCUGGACCUGUCAGUGAAGACAGUGCGCCAGUCGGCCGACUCCACUGCCAAGGAUGACCCCGACCUGGCAGCAGCUCUGCACGGUGCCAAGGUGCAGCUGCCACCCCUGCAGCUGCCCUCCAGUGUCGCUUACCCCACCAUUGACCCUCGCGGGCGACAAUCUGCUGCUCACAAGGUCGACUUUGUGCCCAACUUUGGCUCUGCUCAACACCCACACCACACUUACGAUGCACAGCGUCUCCAGCAAAACCACCUCCAGAGCCGUAACAGUUCCCAGCAUCAACUAUACAGUGCACAGCAUCAACAGCAGCAGCAGCAGCAGCAGCAACAACAACAACAACAACAACAACAACAACAACAACAACUUCAGCAGCAGCAGCAGCAGCAACAGCAACAGCAGCAGCAGGGUAGUGGAACCCUUCCUCACAUGGGAAGCUUCAAGAAGGCCGCUGCUGCUUCUGUUCUCCAACAAGCCAGUUCUGCUGCUCCAUCCUCAGCAUAUGACUUGAACAAACAGUCCCAGUACUACGGGGUGCAGGUCCCACAGCAAAGGGCAGUGCCAUAUUCUACACCUGUUUAUCCUGGCUAUGAUUCCUCUAAGAGGGCAGCUACUUCUGUUGAAUCCUACAAUCGCGCUGAGUAUGGGACUCAGGCAACGAGUGUGGCAUCCUAUGCACAGGCCAGAGAUCACUCGGCCACUACAGGCCAAAAACGUUCCUCAUGUUCAUCCGUGUCAGACACGCGGCAGCAUACGGUAGCUAAAGUUCCUCGCCUGGACUCUUGGAGGACUGCCAUCGAGCAGCAGAUAGAGCAGCGUAUCCAUUCCUACAAUGGCCCACGACAGCAGCAGCAACAACAGCAGCAAUCUCAGUCAGAGAUCAGUCUGCAACACCAGGUGCAGAUGAAUGGCAGGCACAACUAUCCUCACCACAACCAUGUUGUCCAGUCUCAACAGCAGCAUCAGCAGGCACAACAGCAGCAGCAAGUGCAGCAACAGCAGGUGCAGCAUCAACACCAUCAACAGAAUGUGCACCAGCAACCUGUCAUGCCAUAUGGCGGUAUUGGACCUAACUACCAGUACCAGACAGGCCACUCACUGCAGAAGCUUUUGGCUGGAUCACUGCCACAGGCACAGCACCAGCAAUCAUUGCAUCACCAUCAGCAGCAGCAGCAGCAGCAGCAGCAACAGCAACAGCAACAGGUGAGAGCUUCGGCACCUAUGACAACUGCCCAGGGCAUAGUUGACAAGCACGUGAUAAGCAUAUUGCGCACCAGCCUGGAAGUGAAGGAAGCUCGUAUCAGUCAGCUGCAGAAUCAAUUACAGCAGAAUAGUCGCCAGGCACAACAGCUGCCACCACCACCAUCACAGCAGCAGCAACAACAACAACAGCAGCAGCAGCAGCAACAACAACAACAACAACAACAACAGCAGCAGCAGCUUCGGCAACAACAGCAGACUCAGCCAUCUGCACAGAUGCAAGAGCCUCCGGGUACCUACAAACUGCACCUCCCUAAGGCAGUUGAUUCGGUCUGUCUUGACCACACUGCAACAGAGGUUGACCACACGGCUGCAAACCUUGCAAGGAUACGCACAAAGGCUGAACUGAAGCAGGUGGGUCAAAACUUGGAGCAGCAACUACAGUUCCGUUCACCAACACCAGGCAGUGCGACCAGCUCAGCAGGCCCUUCUCCUCGCGGCACUCCACAGCUGUUUUCACCUCCACCCCCACAGCAGGGCAGCCCACCGAAGUUAACACGUGAGCGUGUGCCUCCAGCUACCACACCCACUUCGGGUCCACCACGUCGACGGCUGUUCAGUCCUCAUGAUUCAUCUUCCUCGUCAGGUGGACAUAUGGGAGAAGACAAUCAUGGCACUUCUCUUGCGAGUGCCCGUAAUGAUCCAUCAGGCUUACGUUCCUCCUCGGAGACUUCUGUGUUUGAUUUCCGUGACAGCGACAGUGAUAGUGAGAUGCCCGUGCUUGAGAGGCAGACUCUGGACGAACUGCGCCGAGACCGUAAAUCGAUGGCCAAUAGUGCAAAAGCAGCAGGGCACCAUCCGUAUCAUCACCAGCAUUAUAGCCAACAACAGCAGCAGCAACAGCAGCAGCAGCAGCAACAACAAUUACAAGUACUGCAACAACAACAGCAACAGCAACAACAACAACAGCAGUUGCUGCAGCAGCAAGAGCAGACAACAGAUGAAAAUACUGAUAAGGUUAGUGCUGAUAACACAGCAGCUGAAUCUGCUGAUCCCGAGUGGUCAAACACCUGUGAGCAGUUCCUUGAACAACUGCGUUCAGGAUCUGGGUCAGACCGUGUGAAACGGAAGGGUCCUUCCAAAUCUCGCAGAAGGUAUGCUAUUGGUCCACUGGCAGGCCUGGGCAAUAUUAUACGCGGUGGCAAGAAUGAAGCACCAUACUUCCAGAUUGACACCCAGCAACCACUUCAGGCAUAUACCGUGGAACCUGCAACAGCUGCUGUUACUGCUGCUGAAGCAGCCGAGGCUGAGGGGUGCGUUGAGCGUGUGUUGCAGGUUGAGAAUAUUCUGCAGAUACCGCCCGAGGAGCUCGAAAGGGUUGAGCAGUCUGAAGAUGCCGACGACAGGCCCGAUAAUGAUGAGGAGGGUGUAACAGUAGAUGUCGAAGGUGAAGACGACUCUGUCGCUCCACCACCGUCACUGCCCCCAGAAAGACCAACUCCUGUGGAAGAUCCCAUCAGAAGUGAAUAUAGGAUUGUCAAUGAUGGUGUGAUAAGGUUAGUCAAACUGGUAGAGAGGAAAGUACUACGUGAGGAAGGUAUAAACAUUCCCAGUGAUAAGGAAUCGAGUGGGAAGUCUGGUAGAGAUGGGUUUAGAAAAAGUGGGAAGGACAGAAAAUCGAUGAGAGAUGGUACUAGGAGAAAGGAUGAAAUGAAGAAAAUGAAGGAACCAAGGAAGGUGAAACAGCACUGGAAAGCUGUAAUGAAACAGACUUUGCAACAGCCAGAAGAUCAGCAACAGGAAGAGCUCAGGAAUGACACAAACGAAACAAAGGUAGAGGUAGUAGAAGAGCAGUGUGCACAAGUAGGAAAUGAGGAAACUACAUCUGUGAAAAAGUGGCAGGAAGGCGACAAUAAAAUUUCAGGAAAAGAAGCAACAAAGAAGAGAACGAAAUCAGACAUUUUGAAGAUUUCAAAGGUGCCAAAAAGGAAGUCAAAGGAAGGUGAUGAUGAGGUAGAUGUUGAAAGAGAUCAGAGUAAAGAUGUUAAAAAGAGUUUAGAAGCACUCAGUAGAAGGAAAAGUAGAAGCGAAACGUGUGCACUGAAGGAAGAUGAUGAUGUCAAGCCAUUGAAAGAUAAGGAUGUAAGACCAGACACAGAAGAGACUGACAUGGUAGAACUUAAGAUGGUUACAGCAGAGAAGGAUUCUAAAUUGGCAAAUGAGAAGACAGAAAAAUCUGAUGUUAAGGAGGAGAAGGCGAGGAAACUAAUAAAUGAGAAAGAAAGCUCACUGACUGGUUUGAAUAAUCGUGGUACUUUAGUAGUGAAACUUGAAAAGGAUUUAACAAUGAUAAAGGUGGAAAAAAGUACAGUGUCUGAACAGGAAGAAUGUGAUUCUGACGAAGAUGCACCAUUAGUUGCACGGCAGCGAGGUCGACCACGGAAAAGGCAGCUACAGCAGCAGAAGGAUUUGUUGAGAUUCCACCAACGACCCCGAAGUGCUGGAGCUAUUGACGAGAAGGAUGGUGAGGACGAGAUCAGUCUGGCUGAGAUGAAAGCCCGACUGGGGCUUGGUGGUCAGCGCGAUGCCUCUGUUGCGAGUGAGGCUGCCACCAGUGUAGGAGGUAGCAUUAGCCACAGCAGUAGCAGUGGCUCAGAGGAUGAGACGGCUAGUGAGCCGCCUAGGACACGCCUGCGAUCCAAAGAUCCCCCUGUUGCUCCAACACCUCAGCAGCACCAGAAGAGACAAAAGAAACGCAAGAGGAGGAGGAAAGGCCUGCGAGGUGCUCAGAAACGACAGCAGCAGAAAUCAGCGACAGGCAGUGAGUUUCGACCUGGUUGGGAAGAAGAGGUGUACAGAUUUAAGCAGUCCCUGAGAAUGCCGCCAUCACUGAUCAAUAUCCCACGGCCACCACGUUCAGCCUCAUUGCCUGACCUUGACAAGCAACGUGCAAUGUCCCCUUACACUGCAGACAGUUGUUCAGACUUAGACUCGCGCUCCAGUUGGAAUCCCCUCCCUUCCAGUGCUGUGUCGACAAAAUCCUCACCAGUUAAUGCGAGUGCAAACAAUAGUGCAUGCACUGAAUCAGCAGAUGUGUCUUCAGCAGUAACACCAACACCACCAUCUUCAUCAAGAGCUACUGGUUCUGGAAGCUCUAUCGCUGAUGUUUUGGCGGACCGUUACAAGCUACAGAGAAAGACGAGAAAGAGGGGUGCAGCACAGAAAGUUGGUCCCCGCCUCAUACCACGCCCUGCCAGCAGUGGCCCGGAGCUACUACCUUCGCCAACUGUUGUCCUUAUUCGGGAAAAGGACCUUUCGUGUUCUUCAUCGCCAUUACCUUCCACUACGUCUGCCUCUACAAUGUCCAAGUUUAGCAAAAAGCUCAAGAAAGGUUGUACAGGAGGCAAACAAGAAAUAAAGAGCAGUGAAGAAACCCUUGCCAACUGUGUGCUGCCCAAAGCAGCACCUACAGACUUCCAUCAGGCAUUCCGCCAAAAUGGUGGUAUUUUGGGUGACCGAUAUGCCACACUAGUGUUCAAAUCACGUACUCGCACCGAAUCACGUGUAAUGCGUCGACGUGCUGUCAUCCGGGAAGUGUUCGGUGUGGACGAGCAACGACCUGCUUCUGCGCCUCCAGUCCCUGGUGCUGGGCACAACCACGAACGGAGUGCUGCACUCAUCCGAAGUAAUAAGGCUGUACUCAACUCGAAGCGCCGUCUUGUCCAGGGCCGUGUGCGCAAUCAUGACUUACUGCGUGUACUGGCUGCCAACAAGGUUUCACAGACAGCAAGUGCUAGUAGUGAGCAUGACGAACAGGACAAAGACGCAGCUGAUGAAACAGCAAGUACCUCAGGCUCACAGAAGCGGCCAAAAAUUAGAACUGUACGCAGGAAGUUCCGUUCUGGGUUUGAUUAUAUUCGGAAGAAGAAGAAAAUUCAGAAGAGGGAAAAUACUGAGGCAGAAGCUCCAAAGGAUAGGAAAAAGGGCCCUAUUCCACGACCAAGCUGGCAGUCUGUCCAGGAUAUAAUGAAUGAGAUAAAAAGCUGGGUAAUUAACAAAGGUUUGGGAGAGACAGUGCUGCAUCGAGCUUCCAAGUUGGGCUACACGGAUAUAGUAGCGUUUUGUUUGGAGAAAUCUGAUAAUUCUCCAUCUCCUGAAGACAAUGCUCGCUACACACCUCUUCAUGAAGCUUGUCAAAGAGGUCAUUUGGACAUUGCACGCCUGUUGCUUAUGUAUGGUGCAGAUGUUAGUGCCAGUGCAUGGGGGGGCUACAGGCCACUUCAUGAAGCUGCAGAAAAUGGUCAUGUUGAAGUUGUUCGGCUGUUGUUGUCAUAUGGUGCUGAUCCUCUUUUGGCAACAUAUAAAGGGUUGACUCCUUUACGGCUAACUACCGAUGACCUCUGCAAACGAUUGCUUUCUGAAUAUCUUGCUGAUGUUCAAGGAAUAUCUGCACCAACAUGGAACUUUCUAGGAGCUGCCCAAUGUACUGAUCCUCUACAUGCGGGCUAUGAUCCAUUGGAGGACGUGCCUACCUUCGACCCUUGUUCAGAAGAUGAAGCAGAGAUUGAAUUUGAAGUCAGUGAGCAGGUCCUACCUGCAUUGUACAGAUUGCAUGGGGAACCUGCGUUGGAGCGCUGGGUUUUACUGCAAGAUCUGGCUGCUGUUCUGCGCAUAAAGUCGAGAGACACACUUCUUAGACAGUUGAGUCCUGAUCCUACAAAACCCUCACCUGCUCGUGCUUUGUUGCGUGAAUUCAAAAUGGCUGACUUCCUAGAACAAGCAAAGUGCUGUCAGCUGGUGGGAGGUGGUGAAAAAUUUAAUGUGAGGUCAUCAAAGGUGGCCCUAGUGAAGUACAAUGAUAGGGUGCGGCAGUUACUCGGUGUUGAGAAGGUGUUUAUUAGGUGACAUCAGGAGGAAGCCGGUGAAUGUGACAUUUAAGUGUUCCUCUAGAACAAGAGUUGUGUGACUGGGAUAGCACUGUAUUUUUAACUUCAAAAAUUGAACUCUUUAAGUCUGCUUAAGGAAUCAAUGAAAUGUGCAAUUACUUUCAAAGAGGAUUGUUGUGAUGGUGAGCUUUAUAAUUUUGGUUCGACUGCAUUGUCCAGACUGGUCAUGGUCAUUUGCACUUUCAUUUUUUGUAGUAUAUUUAUUCUAAGAACUUGUACAGGCCUAUUUAUUAUAAAGAUUAUGUCAGAGAAAUUGAAAAUUAUUUUAUAUCAAAUAGACGUAUAAAUUAUUUAUUAUAUUGUAAAGCAGUUUGAUUUUAUGUAAAGUGUACAUGACGUUCUAUGCUUUGGUGCUAUGAAAAAAAAAAGAGUUAUAUAGUUUUGUGUGGAAAAAAGAAAACCUUAAAAAAUCUUCUAUAAAUGGUAACCUGGUCCUCUGUGAAAGUACCUUGGUGCAAUAGAAGUGAAUGUGACAUUAUGUUCACUGCUGUAAGGAGUUUAUAUUGUUUGUGUACUUAAAAUGAGUAUCAAAAGUUUUAAUUAAUGUGAAUGUUAUGAAAGCUUGUGUGAGUAGUUACAUAGAAUAAGUAUGUAAUGGUUGUUGUACAUGUUUCAGUAGCAUUUCUAUCGAAAAUUUAAUUGACAUAAUUGUAAAAAGUAAUUUUAUGUGAAGUCAUCUCAGGGAACAUAAUAAUAAAUAUGGACGUUGUAAACAAUAAAAAGUCACGCUUAGAAUAGUAUUGUAUACAUUAUAAUCAUAGAAAAUGUUUAAAAAAGAGAAAGCUGAUCAAGUUUGUGAUUUUAAUCAUAUUUGUCUUUGUAAUUAUUUUAGGAAAGAGAUGUUUUAUGUGAGAUAAUAGCAUUCAUUUCAAAUGUGAAAAUGUGGUGACAUCUUCACAGUCCAUUUUCUAUGUGUAAAAUAUUUCAAUUAUUAUCAUUGGAAGAAUAGUGAGAUAGUGCUUAACAAGCAAAGUCAUUGGUGCAUUAUUUCAUAACAUAAAAUGUUUAAAUGUGUUUUAAGCCUUGAAACUAUUGCUGUUGUGUAUACUGUACUCUAGCAUUAAUUAAUUACUUCAAAAGAUACGAAGGAGUCAUCUGUGAUGAAGUUGAAGGGGGAGUGCAAUGCUUUUUUAUGUACAUCAUGAUGGUAUAUCUCCUUGUUAUUUUUUGUUCCAGAUUAGGAAUUACUGUGAUUGUGUGUUUGUCAGAAGCUUGUGAAGAUGGUAGUUUGUACUGUAGUGGGAAUUAUAUAACAUGUCAUUUUUCAUAGUAUUUUAUUAAAGGAAUGUAUUUUAUA